GCACACUAUGUUCCCUGUAUGAACAAAUUAGACUUUGGAGAGCAUUUAAAAUAUUAUAUUACACACUUAGAACAACAAACAUCUGUUUUAGUGUUCAGUUUUCGGUUCCUGCCUCAUUUCUUUUAUUUCCGUCUCAUAGUAGCCUGUAUAGUCAGCACAGAGUGGACUAUAAUUGAAGAAAAUGGACAAAAGUGUUUGUUUAAAAACAUUGCUUUAUUUAAGUUUGAAGGACACAUAAUAGGUGUAGCUGUUACUACAUCAUUUAUUCAAGUUCAGAUAUUUAAACAGGGAAAUGGGCAUCUCAGUGGAGAAAUUACGAGGAAAAUAAAGAAAACGAUGGAAGAUGUCCUUGAGCAGCUGGCGAAAAACUUCCACAAGAAAACACUGUAUGAGAUCGGUUAUCAGUGUUCAAAGCAAAACGUAACAGAAGGAGAUGCUCUUUGCUUCAUUUCAGAGAAAGAGUUGAUUGGUAGAGGAGAAUUUAGUUGUCCCAACCAUGGACUGGAGAAGCAUCAUAUCAUAAAAGAAAAGGAACUGCUUCUCUUUUGGAAAUAUGAUUCUGACAACAUAGCAAAUCAGGACGACUGCACAACAAAUGCACCCGUCGGAAAAUUACCAAAUCAAAAUUAUUACAUAUUUACACAGCUGAUAGAUAUAGGCAGAAAAUCACUUCAAAUUUAUUUCGACAAGAUUUUCCCUUCAAAAGACAUUAUAUCAAUAUUCAUGAAAAACAAAGUCGAUAUGGAACAUGGAAAAAACAAAUUCAACAAAGAUCAACUGGCUAUUCUAUUUGCAGGCAAUGGAACCAGUCCAUCUUCUUCAGCGUUUGACGUGACGAUUAUGUAUAAACUAUUGAGAUACUACGGACCAAAUGUUCAGGAUCCACUGGUAGGCUGGGGGAACAAACCAGAGGUAGGAAAGAAAAGUGAAACGGAUGAUGUCGAACGGAUACGAUAUUACAGAAACAUGGUGGUACAUCAAACAGACAAAACAAUGGAGCAAGAAGAACUGGAUAUUUUCUGGAAGGAUUUAUCUCAGGCAAUAAUGAGACUCAGCAAUGGAACUUUGGAAAAAGAAAUUCAAGCUUUAAAGAUGCAGAAGUAGGGUUCAUGAGAAACAAAUAUAUUUCACGAACAUCAAUGAUUAAAAACGUGGUGCAUCCUGAUGCAGAGAGGAGAGACAUUGAUAUCUGAGUUAAACCAAUUCACAAUGUCAAACUGAAAUAAGAAAGAAAUUCCAGUGUUAUUUUACUCUAAUAGCACAGCCUUCGUUCGAUGAAAAGAUUACAUAAAUUUUGAACGAUAUUAACAUUGUAGAUAUUUUUUUCAAUAGUUACAUUUUUGGAAUUUUGAUAAAAGAAAAGAAAAAAUAAACCUAAUGUGAAAGUGGCAUUUUUAUGAAGAGAUAAAGAAACGUUCGAAAAAAUACUAAGUUUUUUUUCCAUUAGGAAGACAUCAGAAGCAAGUAGCAACCGCUUAUAAUAUAAUGCCACUUAAUAAUACCAAAUAUCGUUAAGAUUUUAAAUGAAACUAUAACAAUAAAUAUCUGCAUUAAUUGUUGACCUUUUCGAACACAAAUGCUAAAUCUUAAAUUAAGGAAAGAAUGAUUAAGCAGAUGAGCAUGUCAACAAUUAAAUAAGUGCAAUGAUUUAUGACUUUUAGCCUUGUAUUGCAACGCUGUUGAAUUUUCUACAUGUAGAUCAUUGAGCGCUGUUAUGUCACAAAUGGUUCUUACAGAGCGAUAAUAUUUAGCUAACAAGCCACAACCAUAACUUUCAGAGAACGUCUUUAAGGACAACAUUUGGUUCCCUUUUUUUUUUAAACAUCAAUGCUCGAAUACGUUUCUAUGAUUUGGAAGAUGCAUUUCGGGCGGAAAGAUUAAACUUAAUAUGAUAAAGCUUAAUUUGAUAAAAUAUUAGAUCUUCUAAAUUAUAUUGUGGUUCGCUAUUUGCUGAGCGUCUCUAGUGGUGGACACGUUAGAUUUUCUAUAUUAUAUACUGUCAGAUUUCCUUUGUCUUUGAUUAAAGUCUGUCCAUUAAAACUUCAUAUUAUAGCGAUUAAUUGUGCUCACAGAUGCCUGAAGAUUUUUAUCCCUCCCCCAAAAAAAAAA